AUGGUAAUACGGCUUAAACCCGAAUUACGGAAAGUCUACAAUUCAGUCAUAACAGAGCAACUACGCCGAGGAUUUAUUGAAAAGGUAAUUGAUGACGAUAUCUCACGUGGCCAUUUUAUCCAGCAUCACCCCGUUGAAAAACAGUCGUCAACAACUCCAGUUAGAGUAGUUUACAACUGUAGCGCUAAAUACCGUGAUCAACCCAGCCUCAAUGACCGUUUAGAAUCCGGUCCUGCUAUCGCCAACGAUAUGCUAGACAUAUUGCUUCGUUUCCGGACACCUCAAAUUGGACUGACUAGUGACAUUGAAAAAGCGUUUUUGAAUGUCAACCUUGCCGAUGAAGAUCGCCAAUAUACGAAGUUUUUCUGGCUACAAAACGCCGACGAUCCUGAAAGCGACUUUGAAGUUUACCAGUUUAAAUCAGUUUUAUUUGGUUCAACUAGUUCGCCAUUCAUGUUGAAUGCAGUUAUUAAAACAAACCUCGAAGCACAGUCAUCGCAAAUAGCCAACGAUCUAAAGAACAAUAUUUACAUCGACAACGUAUUGACCGGAACUGAAAAUCAGAAAGAAGCAUAA